GUCGUACCAGCACCCCAGCCCGUUUCCCUCUCUUCCGGCGUUUCACCGCGUGAACAAAGCUGGCUAGUUCCACUGCCAGUCGCGAAAUGAAACUUUUUAGUGAUCCUGUUGAUCAGAAUGUGAUUGAAAGCCAAGCGGUUCUUCAGGACUACAAGGACUCAAGCUUCUCCAAAGGACACCUCAAUCCUAGUUCUCACCAGAGCACGAAGGAAGACAGAGAAGCCACCUUUACUCUGACAAACAUCGUCCCUCAGCGGGAUGGAUCCAACUGUGGCCCCUGGAGCGAACUGGAGAAUGAGGUGUUGAAAAGAUUCAAGACCUUCUGCAAAGGGCCAAUGUACGUAAUCACUGGUGUCAUGCCUUACGAGUCCGAGACACACUGGAUCAAUAACAGAGUGUCUGUUCCUGAGUACAUGUGGUCUGCUUACUGCUGCCCCUCAUACGUAUCUAAGCUUCAUAAGGAUAUGAAACCGAUCUUUCCUACAUAUGCUGCCGUGGGAAGAAAUGAUCCCAGCAGUGGACAGGAGAUUGUGCCUGUUAAUGCCAAAGUGAAGCCAUCAGUGCGAGGCUAUGAUGUGAGGCAGAUGCCCUUGGAGACCUUGGAGGGUAUCCUGGCCAAGAGGCUGAAAGCGUCAGUCAGUCUGUUUGAUGGCAACUGUAAGAAAUAAAGGAAGUUGCCUUAAUAAAAGAGCUGGUUUUAUUAUUUACUGUUGAGUCAGUUCAUAUUCACACCACUUUGUAAUCAUUUGGAGUUUUAGUAAUAAACUUUAUAAACCUAG